AUGACAUCGGAAGAUAAUCACUCUAUUUACGCGUCAGCUUGUUCUUCUUUUGCUCACCCUACAAAGACGCACGACUAUUACCCAACCAUAGAAUAUUCACGAAACGACUUUAUAAUAAUAAGCAAUUCAACGAUUACUAAAUUACCUUCCAUUACAAACGAUGUUAUGCAGUUUGUCACAAACGCAAAUGAAAAUGAAAAGAUUGAUUAUGCAAGAUUGAGAGAAUUAUUGCAAAAUCAUGAUAAGAAAAAUUCAACAACUGAUGAAACAUCUAAUAUUUUAGGGAGCUUAGAUGAACUGACGAAUCCAAUAAAAAAUAUUUCACAAAAAGAAGAGAUUUUGAAAGAAAAGGUAGAAAAUGAAAUAGAAGAAGUAAUAAAAGAAGUAGAAACCGUUGAAGCCAAAAACCGAAAAAAAGUGAUCGAGCAGGAUGACAUGCAAGAACAACUUGAGCAGCUACGUGAAGAGAACGAACGACUCAAAUUAGAAUUGCAUGCAUUUAAAAGAAACACAAGGCCAUUUUUUACCAAAGAGUCAAAAUCAUCAGAAACACGACGUAACAUUUACAGAGAUAAAUUGUAUUUUAAAUUACAAUUAGCCAAAGUUGAUGAGUUGGAAACCGAAAUCUUGUCCAAUUUGGUUAAGGAAAUAAUGUUAACUUUAAGAAUCGAUGAUGUGAAUCGAGUUGUUCCUUCUCUAAAGCAAAUCAACAAAGUUAUGAGAGUAGUGCCACAUUUACGAGAUUUUUGUUAA